GCUGCCCUUUUUCCAUCAUCACAGUGGACGAACAAGUGGAGAAAUCAUGAAUCACCAGUGAGGGCCUUACAUUGAAGCCUUUAUUGUUGGUUGUAGAUAGCUUAAUUGCUGUCUCCAUUAGCUCCUGUAGCGUUUUGAAACGGAAGCUAGGGCAACGAGUUACGUAUUUUUAAUACAACAGUACUGUUCUUUUAUUUAUUUUUUUUGUGUGUGUGUGUGUGUAUGUGUGGCUUCAACGUCAGCUAGCUAAACCAACUAGCCUCAGUUAAACUUGCACUUUUUUGUGUACUAUGGCCGACAACGGGGCGCACCUGACCGAGGAGGAUCCUGCGGCGGCUUUCCUGGCCCAACAGGAAAGUGAGAUUGCGGGGAUCGAGAAUGACGGAGAAGGGUUCGGGGCGCUGGAAGGAGCGGACGACGUGCAGCCUUCUCAGACAGCAAACUAUGCGAAGCAACAGAGACGACAGCAGCGCCCAAACAGGUGUGGCAGCAUUUCUAAGGUCUUAACACUUUCAAGACCAAGAGACGCCAGUGACGAGGAGCCCGCAACGGUGAACGGAGACCUGUUCCAGGAGUCUAAUGGCCCAACAGACAGCUAUGCAGCCAUCGCCCAGGUGGACAUUCAGAGGCAGGAACCGGAAAGCUUGCGCAAGUGGAAGGAGGAGCAGAAGGCUCGCCUCGAAGCAUUAGACUCAGCUUCCAAGGCAGCAGAGGCAGAGUGGAGAGAGAAGGCCAAGAAGGAGCUGGAGGAUUGGCAUGUCCACCAAAACGAGCAGAUGGAGAAGAAUAAGGCCAACAACAGGAUUGCUGACAAGGCUUUCUACAAACAGCCCAACUCUGAUGUUAUAGGCUUUGUAGCGUCCGAGGAGGCCUUCCUGGCGGAGACCGACGGCGACAGCCCGGGAUCCGAGUGGGAACGGGUGGCGCGCCUGUGCGACUUCAAUCCCAAAACCAGCAAGCAGGCGAAGGAUGUCUCCCGAAUGCGCUCCGUUCUCAUCUCUCUAAAACAGACGCCUUUAGUCCGCUAACCGCAGCGCUUCGGAGAAUGUUCCCGGCAACGUCGCCUUUUCGGUUUUAACGACACGUUGUGUCCGAAUGAUUUUAGUCCUUUUCCAAAAGAAUUCCCGACAUGUUAAAAACCUUUUAAAACUUCCUGCCUUUCUUGAUGCCUAUAUAUUGAUAUACUUAACCUGAGGCUCCUGUGAGAAGACGGACUGCUCUGUUACACCUUUCUAGUGUCUGCUUUAAUGUCACUAUACUGAAGAAAAUACUGUUACUGUAAGUAAAUGGGUUUUUUUGUCUCCCCCCCCCUUUAACACUUUGUUUCUACCAAUAUUUUUGAAUGCCUAGUUUUUAUUCAUUCUUUAAAUUAACAUUUUGGUCAGACUCUUACUAAAUACGAACUAGAUUGUAUCCAUUUAUGCCUCUCAUCAAUUUAUAACCAUGCGUCACAAAUGUUCACGUUUUGUUUGGCAUCAAAUCACUUAUUACUUAGGUUCUAGGUAGCAAACAUGUUUUGUUUUAUUUCACAGACAUACGCUUGUGGCCUUUCUGAUCUCGCUUAGAGUAUUAAGCCAGAUACUUUUCUCACUGAUGAGGCAAUUUUGUUUUGUUUUUUUUGCAAAAAAAAAAAAAAGUUAGAGUCAACCAAAGACAUCUGCUACAGUUUGAAUUUAGAAAUUAAAAUUUGCACUCUUUUGUUUCACUUAUCUUUCUCUCCAUCUUUGUGUUACACCAGCACACAGAACUUUCAAUACAGGUAUUCAUUUCAACAGUGAUGUCUGCACAUUGUUCACAUGUUGCCUAUUUGGAAAUAAACAAAACACCGAAUGUUUGAAGGGACGUGGGAAAAUUAAAAACGGGAGGAAUCUGCAGAUCACUUGAUUUAACUUAAAAUAUUCCCCUGCUGAGCUUGUUGCCAUUUCAUAAACCUUGGAGAUGAUCACUUGAAUAAAGUCAUGUGUAGCCCAGAA